AAUGAAAAAUGAUAUAUUUUUGGCAUGCAUAAAUCUUUCGUGUUUUGGGAGAACAAAGUGCGAUGUCGUUUCUCAUUUUGUAUAUACACAUUGGAAAAAUAAAAAAGGUGACAAAUCAUAUGAGUUCAUUCUACCGGAUGUGAAAAGUUUUGAAGUGUAAAUUCAAACGAAGAACGCGCAACAGUUUGAAAUUCCCAUAUUGGCAUUUGGCCAAAUUUUCUUUUACUGGACCUCCUACACAUCUUGUCAUUUUUUUUACUGGCUGGAGCAACUCAUCCGCAAAUUUUCAUUCUAAAGUUCAUACGAUAAAAUCUUGGAAAUAUUUCACGGAAGUGAAUUUUGAUGAUGCUCUCGUUAAUGGAUCGUAUAAAACGAAUUUGAAGUCAAAUACGAAAUUCAUGCUUUGAUGUAUAAGCAAUCAAAUUCUAAAAGGAAAAACGAAAGUUAUUUAUUCUUCUGUAAAUGGACCUCGACAAAGAAGCACAAGCAAGAGUUAUUUCGUCGGCGCGAGCUUAGGAGAGGUCACGGAAUUUUACAGACGUUUGUAUAAAGGACUACAAGAAUAUAUAAGCUUCUGGAGAAGACGCCAAAUGUUGUGCGUCUGAAAUGAGUUUCAAAAAGAGAAGAAGAAGAAGAAGAUUCAGACCGAAAAUGAGAAAAGGCCACCCCACUGCUUAUUCGAAUCGUUUCAAUCUGUUCUUUGCGGUGGUGUUUUCUAUACCUCGUGUGGAGGUUCACGCAUGCUUAUAUACAAAUAUAUAUUUAAAAAAAAAAAGUAUAUACGACAACGGGCAUCGGCACACUCUGAGAGCAAAGCAGCAGCAGCAGUAGCAGCAGCUGAAGAGAGCAAAAGGGUGGGAGAGGAUGAGGGAGGAUUCGCUUCUAUAUGUAGCACUGAAACUUAGCCAGACCAACUUAUUACGCCCGAAACUCGUAGAAGACGCAUGUACCCUUCUUCAAGGGGUCCUUUCGAAGUCCUUUUAAAUCCUCGCACGAAACACGUGAUUAUUUAAAAAAAAAAAAGUAAUUCUAUCGAUAUCUCAAUAUUUUGUGAAUAGUUUUAAAAACAAAAAUUUACAAAACAAAAAAAAAAACAAAAGUGGUGAUCGCAUUGUGAAUUGUUCCAGUGGUGAUUAAAAAAAAAUUCAUUCUAUGUGACAUGAUACGCAAGAUUUGAAAAUUUUUUUUACUAAAAAGCUAAAUUUAAUCGCUUUUUAUCAAUUUAUUGAGGAAACAGAAAUGCCGAGAGCUUUUCUUAUCACUCAUCGCCGUUACAAUGGCAUUGAAGAACUUGAGGAAUCUGGACAAGAAUAUAAUCCCGAUCUUGGAGUGACAAAAUACGGUGGAGGAGGUGGAAGUCAACAAAAUUCCGAUGGCGCCAGCGAAUGUGGCAGUGAAACAUCAUCAGAAUGCCCGGAAGAACUUUAUAAUUUAACAAAAUUGGCGGAAGUCAGUUUAGCCGCUGCUGCAGGAACAUUAAUUCAUCCCAAUAGAAUUCUUUAUCAACAACCAUCAUCAAGAUGUUCGCAAGUCAUUGAAAAAUGUCGAUCAUCAAAUCAAAUUCAACCCAUGUCACUUCAGAUUCCGCGAAGCAGAGAGGAAGAGGAAAAUUUACGCGAAAGAACGCGACUCUUUUUUGAAAGAAUCGAGAGCGAACGAGAAAUUAUGGAAGAGAAGAAUCAUAGAAUUUCACCUGAUAUUUUGGAUGUACGACUUUCGGGAAAAAAUUCCCAUUUUCCAAUUUAUCGUGAGGAGGACAAUUUCUCGGCGUCUUCGAAAAAUUCAUUUCAAGACACAACUUCCUCUCCGCCACCUUCUCUUGUUUCAUUGAAUUUACCCCGACGAGUAACAACAUCAUCAACGGAUGUUUCGAAAUGUGAAGAGAAUGAAGAUCACGAAUGUUCUGAUUGUGGAAAAAAAUAUUCAACAUCGUCAAAUCUUGCGAGGCACAGACAAACGCAUCGAUCAUUAGGAGAUAAAAAAGCGAGGCGAUGUCCUCAUUGUGAUAAAAUUUACGUUAGUAUUCCUGCAUUCAGCAUGCACGUCAGGACACAUAAUCAGGGAUGCAAGUGUCAUUUUUGUGGAAAAUGCUUCUCAAGACCAUGGCUACUUCAGGGACACAUUCGCACUCACACUGGUGAAAAACCAUUCAAGUGUACAAUCUGCAACAAGGCAUUUGCGGACAAAUCAAAUCUUCGAGCUCACAUUCAAACGCAUUCGAAUACAAAACCACACGUUUGUGGUCGUUGUGGAAAAGCUUUUGCUCUAAAAUCCUACCUCUACAAACACGAAGAAUCUUCAUGCAUGCGCUCUCAUAAUCGAACCUCUUCUGAUAAACUUGAUGAGGCUCAAAAUUCAAAUACAUCGACGUCUUCGGCAUUAUCGACAAUAACGAAUGCAAAUUCAACGACAGUGAAUAAAAUUGUGACACCGAAUAUUGUCACAGCAUCCCCGACAAGUGUCAUUGUUCCUCGUAUAGUGAGCGAUCAAAAAAAUUCAUCUGCUUUUUCGACAAUUAUUAAAACGCCAUUAACACAAUUUGACGUUGAUUCAAGAUCAUCGUCACCAAAACGUUUUUGUCGUGAAAAAAUUGCUGAUCAUUGUGAAAUCGAUAAACCCGAGUAUUUAUCGAGAAUGGUUAUAAGAACAUCGGUUAUUUCACCGAAUCCAGAACAUCUUAGAAAGAAAACAUCAACUUUUGAUUAUUCUGAUCGAAAUUCCGCUUUCUCGAGGCCAAUGACUUUAAAUCUUGCCAUUGCCUAAUUUUUUUUUUUUUUUUUUUUUUUUAUCUUUACAAUCAAUUUUCUAAAAAAUUUCUAAGUUUUAUCAAGUCAUUUAAAUCCAAAUUAUUGAAUACUAAUUUUUACUUUACCGAAUUAAUUUUUAUGAUUAUUUUGUUUCGAUAUUAUCGAAUUGCCAUAAUUUAAUUAUCCUAGUCUCUUUUUUUUUUACUUCAGUGAGAUUUUAAUUUGUGAUUAUAUAGAUACGAUUAAAAAAAAAGACGUUUAAAUAAUCAAGGAUAAUCUUUGAAAAUUAUACUCUUUUUUAAUAUUAAUAUUCUGCAAUUAUACAGUCCAAAGAUUAUUUUAUGAUUUAAUUGCAGAAUUUAAAUCGUACAAAAAUCAGGGACGCUGCAAAUUUCUGUUUAGAAAAUUUUUGUUUUAGCGAACAUCAUUCUUUUUUUCUUUAAAAAUUUAAUUUACAAACAAUAUUGUUAAAAUUAUCAAAUCUCAAACAAUAUAUUUAUUUUAAGAAUCUUCCUAAUAGGGACCAUUUAGCUGAUAGUUGUUUUUUUCUAAUGUGCCUUCAUGAUGUGUCUUUACACAAUAAUAUAUUAUUUAAAUUAUUGUGUACAAUUUUAUCAUGGAAAGAAUCAGCUGAAAAAAAACAUUGCAGUUUGAAAUUUAUUCCAAAAAAAAAAGUGUAAUCCAAUAUUAGUUGAUAAAUGAAUGAUUGAUAUAAUUUUUCUCAAACAUAGGAUUUCAACAAAUUCUCAUAGAUUAAUUAAAAAUUAUUAUUUUACAAUUAUUACAAAUUACUAAAAUUGAAAUUUUUAAAUUGACUUUAAAUAAAAAAGAAAUGAUUUUAAUGAAAUCCUAUUUUUGCUAAAAAAAAAUUGAAUCUCGAUAUUUUGUAAAUAUUUGUCAAUAGGACAUAAAUGAGGAUGCUUCGCCCUUUUUUUGGCAGCUGUGAGUGUCAUGUUUUUUUUUAACUAGUCUGUUUAGAAUUUUAUUAAUGAAUCAAGGUGUAAAAAUUUGCAAAUUUCGCGAAUUUUUAAGACGCCCUAUACUGCGGGGACAUUUGCAAUAAUUAAGUUUUUCUUCGCGUUCUGUUAUCCAACUGUUGAUAACAGAAAGAGUGUAAACUAGUCGAAAUCGUCUUGCGAUCCUUUUUGCAAUAAACAAAAAAAAAACACAACUAUUAUUUUUGAAAAAUUUCUAAAAAAAAAAGUUGAGCACUGAUCGCAGGACGAAGUUGUAAUAUAUAUUUCAUCAAAAGUAAUUUUUAAUAAACGAUUUUCGUUAAUUGUAAAUCACAUAGAAAUUAGAUUUUUGUAAAUUCAAAAUUUUUAAUUUUUAAGAAAUUUAAAUACUUUUUUAAGGCUAUAUGUGCUUAAGUAAUUUUUAAGUUCAUUUAUGUAUUUGAAUUUUUUUUUUAAAUUCUAGCAAAUGAUGUGUAAUUUUUGUAGACUGAAUUUAUCUCUUUUUUUUUUUGCUUUUUUUUAUCGUAACGGAAUAUUACGUGAUGUGAAUGUAUUUAAUGUAAAUAAUUAUUGUUAUUAAUAGCAUUCCCAUCCGAAGCUAAUUCUUAACAAAAAAAAUACUGUAUAGAUCGAAAUAGACAUUUAGUUGUAACAAAAGUUUUUGUAAUUUAGAUUCCAUACUUUGUUUAUACACCGGAGUGCCUGUAGAAAAUGUUUUUUUUUUUACGAAUUAUGAACAAAAAUUUGUUAGUAAUGAAAACAAAAAAAUAUAUAUAAAAUAUCUUCUACACAUA